CGCCGUCGGUCGAGCGGCGUCAAUAGUUCACACACACAGACCAUCGGCAAUAUCCGAUCGAGGUGGUCCGCGUCCCAUGCAACGGCAGAACCAUCGCAUCAUAAACACACCCAUAUGCCCCCAUCGCAUGCAUGCAGUUUAAAUGGACUUGUCCCCACAGCAGCAGAAGCAGAAGACGACCAGAACAAAAAGCGAGCAUUAACAUUUCAAAAGGCGUUCCGGGUCCAUCUGGCGGCACCAUCUCCAACCUCCUUCUGACAUCGGCCCUUGCAUAUGUCAUAACCAACAAAAGUUUAUGUGUGGUGUGCAGUGAGGAUAUUAAAACGCCGUCGACUUCUGUAUACUCCAGAAAGAAAACAAAGCGGAAAACGUGCGGAAAAUAAACGUUCAUCGGAUUUUCAUGAGGGAAUCGCCAAAGUAUCGGUAUAUAUCUUUGAUAUUGCAUCAAACAUGUCUCUACCAGUUAUUUGAGCGUGGUGAACAAUUACCAUCAUCAUACACCUCCUGUAUUGCUCUCAUGAACGUCAAUGGCGAGAAGGAUUGAAAUCAUGUAGGUGAAUGAACUGAGAGGAAACCCGCGCAGAGAUUACGCUUCUCAGGAGUGUUCCUUUGGUAGAAAAUCCUCGAGAACGUUGGAAAGAUGUCGCAACACGACGACCGGAAGAAGUUCUAUUGCCGCGAGUGGGCUUUCCAGAAGUUGUCGCACUGCCUGGACCAGAGACCUAUUUCUAAAACAUGCGGCGCACUCUUGCUGGGUGGCCCCGGUUGCGGGAAAACGACGUUCUGCUCGGAACUGUGUUGGCCUUCGCAGGGACCAAGCGGUCGGCAACAGCGAGCCCUCAACAGGAGGCUGCUGGGCCAUCACUUCCUUCAAGGGCACAACGAGAAGAGUCUGUCGCUCAGCGAAUUCGUGCGUUCGUUGGUGACGCAAAUAUUGAACCAUUCCACUGAAAGCCACAAAGAGCGUAGCAUUCGACGCAAAUUAGCCUCUGACGAUAAAAACACCACUUACGAGCAAAAUAUCUGCGAGGAGAAUCUCUACAGCAAUAUAACUAACGAGGAGGUUAAUAGAACGACCGAGUCGGCUACACCUCCCGUCCCGAAUCUCCCUGUGAACCCGCGUACUCUGAUUGCUGACGCCUACUUGGAAAAACUCAAAUCUGAUCCUGAAAUACAAAUUGCCUUGCGGGCGAAGAACAUCGAAUCUAAUCCGGACGAUUGUCUGAAGAGAGCGCUGCUCUUCCCACUAUUAGAGAUCGAUCCGCCAAAAACUUCAUUGUUUCUAUUGAUCGACUCUAUCGACGAGCAUUCCUUUGUUUACCUCAACUCCACGCUUACGCGUUCGAAACCUCGAGACCGGAGUUCUCAAUCGAAGACAAUAGCCGAGUUAUUAGCCAACCAUCAUCAUUUAUUUCCGCAGUGGCUCCUACUGGUAUGCACGGCACGCAAACAGUCCAAGAGUAUAGCGAAGAUGUUCACGGGGUUCAGGAAACUAAGUCUCGAUGAUCUGCGGAAAUCGCAAGUUGUACGAGACGUUCAGCAGUACAUCCUAGCUCGACUGGACCAGGAAAAUAGUUUGAGGCAACACAUCUCUAGAGAUACGGCCGAAAUGCUUAACCAACUUCACAUUAAAAGCAAUGGAUGUUUUCUCUAUCUAGAAAAAGUAUUGGACGGUGUUAGCGAGAAUUUUAUCGUUUUGAGGGAAGUACGCGAAAUACCCGGCACCCUCAACGGUCUCUAUUUGUGGCUUUGUCAAAGGUUAUUUAAUAGACGCCAAUUCGCCAAAGUGCAGCCAUUGCUAAACAUAAUACUAGCAGCUAAAUGUGCUCUCAACGAAAGCCUUUUGUAUGAUAUUAUGCGAAUCAAUAGUGUGUCUGCAGAUGAUUUCAAAAAGCGAUUUCAACUUCUGCGGCGAAUAAUUGUCGUGUCGAGGAGCGGAACGAUUCGAUUAUUCCAUCAUUCUUUCUCGGAAUGGCUGCUGGACAUAAAGCACUGUACUCAAAAAUACCUGUGCAACAUCUACGAGGGACACAUCAUCCUCGCAAUGUACUACACACUGCACGCAAAAUAUUUGAACAAUCAAGAGAUAUAUGAUUAUGCGUUCCAUCUCACCAGGAUGGAACAGUAUCUCAAUGAGAAGUCCGAAGGAAAGCAUCACCUCAAAAUGUCGCAAGAUCGCAGGCAAAUGUCUGUCGCUGAUGGCACACUAGAUAAAUCAGCAACGGAAAUAUACUGUGAUUUGAAAGCUUUGGAAGAAGUGAAAAAAAUGGAGGACGAUUUUGAUAAUCUGCAAAUGGAAACCAGUUUUGUCGGCGACGAAAAUAACGGUGAUGAGUUUGUGGUGCAGGAAGAGAAACCACGUCCUGACGACUUUCCCAUUUACGCACAAGUUAAGAAGGAUAGAAACAAGGAUCACCAGCAUUCCCUUGUUUCCACGGAGGCUGUGGAGGGUAACGAUGCUAGCAGCAAUACGAAAGUUAACUUGGAUGUCCACAGUUUAACAGUGCUUUGGCUCAUAUUGAGCGGCUGCAAUAUUGAAGAGUGUCUGUUGGAGGGGAAUGAAAUGGCUGGCGUGAAUUUUGGAGCGUUCCUGCCUACUGAUCCGAAAGUAUUGAAAUUGCUUCUAGAAUCAGGAGCAGUCGAACAAAAUGAUCUGGAAGGAUGUGACUAUGAAAGUCAGGUGUCCAUCGCAACGUCUUCAUCGGAACCCAGUCCGGAACCUCUUUUCGAUUUGCACGACAUUCAUGGUCAGGCCGCGCUGCAUGUGGCAUCUCGACUUGGUCAGACGGAAGUGGUUAAGGUUUUGUUGGAGGCUGGCGCCAACGCAGACCAGGCCGAUAUGGAUGGAUGGACGCCUCUUAGGGCAGCUGCUUGGGGCGGUCACACAGAAGUUGUCGAGCUACUAGUGAUACACGGAUGUUCCUUAGAUAGCAUGGAUGCUGAAAAUCGAACAGCCCUUAGGGCUGCCGCCUGGUCAGGUCACGAGGAGAUAGUCAAAGUGUUGCUGCAGAAUGGAGCCGACGUGAAUCUAACUGAUCACGAAGGUCGCACAGCCUUAAUCGCGGCCGCUUAUAUGGGUCACGCCGAGAUCGUGGAGCAUUUGUUGGACCACGGCGCUGACAUUGAUCAUGCUGAUGCAGAUGGUAGAACGGCUCUGUCAGUAGCUGCCCUAUGCGCUCCGCGAACUCCCGGCGUUGGAGUAGUUGCAACACUGCUAGAGAGAGACGCAAGUGUCGAUCAUAAAGAUAAAGAAGGAAUGACACCACUGCUGGUAGCAUCCUUCGAAGGACACAAGGAUGUUUGCGAGUUAUUGUUAGAAAAUGAAGCUGAUGUAGAUCACUGUGAUAGCAGCGGCAGAAGCCCUCUGUGGGCAGCAGCCUCAAUGGGUCACGCCCCCGUAGUUGCGCUCUUGUUGUUUUGGGGCUGCUGCAUCGAUUCGAUGGAUUCCGAAGGACGAACCGUGUUGUCCGUAGCAGCUGCUCAGGGUUGUGUGGACGUCGUCCGCCAGCUUCUAGAUCGCGGUCUAGAUGAGCAGCACCGCGAUAACUCAGGUUGGACUCCCUUGCAUUACGCUGCUUUUGAAGGUCAUCAAGAUGUCUGCGAGGCGCUAUUGGAAGCUGGCGCCAGGAUAGACGAGACGGAUAACGAAGGAAAAGCACCGUUAGCAUUGGCAUCGCAAGGUGGACACACUGCCUUGGUGAACCUGUUCAUCGAUAAAUAUUGUGCAGAUUACGACCAACGUCCGCAUGACGGUAAAACAGCAUUGAGAUUGGCCGCUUUGGAAGGACACUACGAUAUUGUGCAACUUCUACUUAUUGAUGGGGCCGAUAUCGAUAUGAAAGAUGCAGAUGGUCGCAGCACUUUAUACGUGCUAGCAUUGGACAACAGAUUAGCUAUGUCCAAGCAUUUUAUUCAGGAAGGUUCAGAUGUGGAGACUAGAGAUCUGGAGGGCCGCACGCCCUUACACGUGUCAGCUUGGCAAGGUCACACGGAAAUGGUAACGCUUCUAUUGACUUCAGGGAAGGCCAAGGUAGAUGCUGUAGACUUAGAGAACAGAACAGCCCUUCAUUCGGCAAGCUGGCAAGGACACAGUGAAAUCGUGAAGAUACUCUUGGAACAAGGGGCAAUGCCAGAUCACACAUGUAACCAAGGUGCCACAGCUUUAGGAAUCGCAGCACAAGAGGGACACGAGCAGUGCGUGGUUGCGUUGUUGGAACACGGCGCGGAUCCGAACCAUUCGGACGCCUGCGGAAGGAACGCCCUCCGAGUAGCAGCCAAAUCCGGUCAUCGUGGAGUCGUUAGACUGUUGGAAGAGUAUAACGCAAGGAGUCACAAAACUGCACACACCAGUAGCAGCGCUAACAGCAUUAAUUCUGUUUCCACCACUGAAACGAAACCGUCGUUUGCAAUUUUGUACCCAAGCGCUACAGAUUGGAGCGACCAGCAGCGCCGGUCUAUGGUGUCACUAGGAAAUCACAGUUCAAAUAGCAAAUCCAGUUCAAACCUGACCGGAUCGAGUCACUCUAGUCGGCAUGGUGGAGGUGGUGGAAGCGGUGCCAGCGAGAGACAAAGAGAGACUGUCGCAACAUCACAGCCGUUAUCGUUUACGCAGCAGUUGCAACAAUGCACCAGAGGCGCGAAGACGCGGCCUCUGAGUAAGCUGUUAUCGCCUCUCCAGAGCGAACCGCAAAGCCCUAUCUAUGCUUCACCUCCACUUAGUCCCGUUCACGAUUCGCUCGUUCCAAAUGUAUUCAGUAAGUUCAGGAAUGCAUUCCAGUACUUGAAAGGUGGGAUGAACAUUUAUCAACCGGUGCUGAAGCAGAACCAUCUCUCCAAAGCUCCGGAUCCGCACUUUGCGCGCGAUACCCAUAUGCGUAUCAUUCUCGGUAACUCGACUAGCAAUGGAGCAUCAAAAAGCGAGAGCAAAGACAAAUCGAAGAAUCAGAGUCAGGAUAGUAAUAACUCAUCAAGUUCUAAACCGAAACGCAACGGAAUCGUGACGAAUCCCGCGCUUCGACUUGUGGCGAACGUGAAGAACGGCUUAGACUCGGCGGCGGCGAAUUUACGCAAAUCCGCGAGCGGUGCGAAUCCCAGCACCAAGACGAACAGCUUCCACUGGCGAAAGGAGACCCCGCUGUAAUGUCCAUCACCAAAGCCCAGACAACCAAACGACCGCCGACGCACUUGCUAAACUAGUCAAUAUGUAUUUAAAAAAAAAACAAAGCAAAAGAAAAACAGGUGAGAGCUCCACGAUCACCGGGUAGCGAAUAAGUUUAAGUAUUUUUAAGUUCUACUGUUAUCAAUGUAUCGUAGGGCCGGAGAAAGAGGACGAUUUUGAUCACAUUCGUUUAUUUGAAUAAUAAUAAUGCAUAGAAUAAAAUUCCACGAAUACCUUUAACAUGUUUUCUCUUCUUUUCAUUAUAUCUUAUUAUUAACUGUAUAAACGUAAAAGAAGGUAUCGGGAUUAUUUUGUAUGUUCCAGGUGGGUUUCCAAUUUUGUAUGCGAACGGUUUACGAAUGGAAACGGUAUCAACAAAAUGCACUAGUCGUUUUUUUUUUAAUUAAAAAAAAAAUAUAUAUAUAUUAAUACAAAGAAUUUAUGUACAUUAGAAGUAAUUUUGUUUUAAACAUUAUUACCGAGAAUAAAACUAUCUGAUGAGAAACAAUAAGCGAAACUAUGGAUACUACAGUAUAUAUAUAAUAUAAUAAUCACUAAUACUGAAUACACACGUACACUCACACAACACAUAUUUCGAAUAGAUCUUAGCGAUAUUAUUAUUAUUUUUAAGUGAUAAUUUAUAAUAAUUCUAAAAAAGAAACAAAUGAGGCCUAUAUUUAAACAUCGUACAGUAUUUA